AUGUCAUUUCCUGCGUCUGUUUCACACAAUCAAGAUCAAGAAAUGCAAGUACCAAGUGCUGAAAAUGAUCAACAGCAGUCAGUUACAACAACAGUGUCGUCGAACACCACUAGUGAUGAUACCGAAGCAUUUGGCUAUUUUCUUCAAGCUAUACAAAAACAACAACAAAAACUUGCAUGGUUACAGGAUAAAGUUGUUGAAUUGCUAACUGAUGAGACAACGGGACAAGAACAUAUCCAUAGAGCAUCGGCAACAUUAGCAGAAACAAAUGAUUGUUUCAACGAAGAAUAUAAACAAUCGUCAACUGAUUUAAACUCUAAAAGUCAACAAUCACCAUCUUUUGUUGAUAAUCCACCGAGAUCUUCACGUUCUACUUUAAAACGUCCGCAUUGUGCAGAAUCGACAUCUAUUCUAUUAAGUAGUGUGAAAAAAGUUCGUCCAACGAUUACACCAAGAAAAACAACAAGUUUAAAUCGAGACAUUAUAAAUAAUGAAGUGCACUCAUCAUCUUCUAUACAGUGUGAUUUUGAACAACCAAGUACAACAACAACGGAAAAGUCUUCUUCUUCCCUUAAAUGUGAACCACGAUCAUCUGUAUCCGAUACAACAUCAACAAAACCACCUUCUGCUACGGCUGAUAUAGCAUCCCUUAGUUGUAGUUAUCUUGGUACAUUAUCUAGUCGAAAUCGAGAUGUAUUAUCACAAGUUUGUUUACAAAUUGCUCAUCAAUCAAAAUUAAAAUUUCAUUUUAUUCAACGAAAAGAUGUUGAGAAAAUGAAAUUAAUUGGAUUAAAUUUAAGUAAUCAAAAUCAAAAAUCUUUUACAAAACCAUCUACAACAAAUCAAUCGGAUAAACAAAACGAAAAUAGUACUUUAAAACGUUCUACUGAUCGUUUAAAAAUUGAAAGUCAAAAUAAAACACCAGUUGAAAUUAAAGUUUUAUUUAAACGUCAACAAUUAGAACAGAUUAAUGAGGAAACUGAACGAUUUACUGAUUGUGAGCCAAUAACCGUAUCUGGAUCAUCAUUAAUUGAUUUUCUUAUUGGUAAUUGUAAUUUUGGUUUAUUUCGUACGACGGAAAAGCAAUCUGUUGGAAAAGAAAUCAUUGGUAAUGCCAUAUGUCAACGAAGUGCAUUACCUUCAUCGCAUUAUCGAUUCUGGCGUAAACGAAUAAAAAAAUAUAAAUAUCAAGGUCGUCAAUUAGUCUAUCAAGUACAACGUUGUGGUCUAAUUUUAACAAAACAUCAAAGUCCAAUAACAAGUUUAAAAUUUUAUCGUGGUAUUUUAUAUUCAUGUUCACUUAAUGGAUCGGUACGAUUUCAUUUUACUCAAUCUUUAAGAUCAUGUUUAAAUCAUAAACCAAUAGUAACACCAAAUGGUGGUACACAAUCAUUACAAUUAGUACAUUCUGAUCGUUUUAAUAGAACAGUGAUAUGUGUAGCGGGUUUUGAUCAAAUUUUACGCGUUUAUUCAAUGAGUAGAGAUCAUCAAUUGAAGGGACAAAUAUUUGUCGGAGCACCUGUUCAUUGUACAACUGUCAAAUUUAAAAUAUUAUUUGCCGGCUUAGGAAGUGGAGAAGUAGCUUUUAUAUCAACAAGAAGAUUAUGUGUUAUUCAUACAAUAAAAUGUUCAGCAUACGUCAUAUCAUCAGUGAGUGCUGCAUUUGAUCCCGAUAAACGUCGACUAUUAAUGGCAUCAUCUGUUGAUGGUUCAAUCAUUGUUAUAUCAUUAGUCAAUGAAGAACGUCGUCUAGUUUUAGAAGGACAUAAAAAAUCUCCACGUAAUUUAAUUGUUGAUCAAGAAAAUUAUCAUUUGUAUAGUUGUUCAGCUGAUAAAAAAAUAAUUGUACAUAAUUUUUUGACUGGUGAAAUUAUUUAUACAUACGAAACAUUUGAUAAAGCAGUAACAAGUAUAGCAAUGAAUCAACAACAAAAUCUUUUAAUAUCAUCAAGUCUCGAUGGUAUUGUUAAAAUAUUUAAUACGAUAACACAUGAAUUAAUUCAACAAUUAACAACACAUACAAGUCAAUCAAUUAUAACAAUGAUUUAUAAAAAUGGAUUUGUUUAUUGUGGAAUGGAAAGUGGAACUAUUGAAGCUAUUCAAUGUGAUAUAAAUGUUGUAUAUCGUUGUCAAUAUGCUUCAUGUCGUCAACCGUUUUCUCGUCGUGAAGAUGUAUUUUUACAUGCAAGAUUAUUUCAUGUUCAACAUUCAUCAACGGUACAACGUUGUCUAUGGCAUAAAUGUAUGAAAUGGAUAGCGAUUAAAAAAUUUGGUGAACAUUUACGUGAACAUACAGAGGGUCUUCAUCUCGAAGAAAAACAAGUUGAUUAUGAGAAUAAUUCAAAUAAACUCUGUCCUACUAUUUCUUCUCUACCAUCGUCUUCUACUUCGUCUUCUAUAACAUUAUUGAGAAGAGCCAUUUCGAAAACUGUUAUUUUAUGA